AUGGCGCAGGGAGCCAGCUUUGCGCGCUCGGGGUGCUGCUGCCUGGAGCAGCGGCUGCUACACCAUCACCUGCAGCAGAGACGGCAAUUUGGCUUUGGUGGGAUUAUGGAAAGGGAAAGGCAUUCUUGCCAUUGUGGAUCCUUACAAUGUGUUGGCCCUGGUUGCAGCUCUUUCUUGACCUACUUGGAGGUUGUUUGUGGGAAGCAAAGGCUCCAUUAUAUAGAAUUUCUCCAUCUUUCUUUUCACAGAUCAUCAUGGCUGCUUCUAGCUCCGUUGCUCACCCCUCCUGUUCCUCUGAUCACAGCCCCGCCUUGUUCCCUUUGUCCAGAAGGAGCACACAGGUUCCAGUGGAUCAGGAAUCUGGUUCCAGAGUUUGGGAUCUCCAGCUCGCAUGUCAAGGUGCUGUCAUCCCCAGCUGAAUUCUAUGAACUCUUGAAGGUGCAGAUAAAAACAGCCAAGCAGCGAGUGGUGAUGGCUUCACUAUACCUGGGAACAGGGCUCCUUGAACAGGAGCUGGUGGAUUGCUUAGAAGAAACACUGGAGAAGUCGCUGCAAGCAAAAGGAUCGUCUAACCUCAGAGUUUCCAUUCUUCUUGACUACACCAGGGGAUCUCGGGGUAGGAAGAAUUCUCGAACAAUGCUAAUUCCAUUGCUGCAGCGAUUUCCCGAGCAAGUCCGUGUGUCCCUCUUCCACACCCCAAACCUGCGUGGACUUCUCAGGCUCCUGAUUCCAGAGCGUUUUAAUGAGACCAUUGGACUGCAGCACAUCAAGGUCUAUCUCUUUGAUGAUAAUGUGAUCCUGAGCGGCGCAAACCUGAGUGAUUUGUACUUCACCAAUCGUCAGGACCGCUAUGUUCUCCUGCAGGACUCUCCUGAGAUUGCAGACUUCUUCACGGAGCUAGUGGAUGCGAUUGGAGAUGUGUCUCUGCAAUUACAGCGAGAUGAUACAGUCCAGAUGAUGGAGGGGAUGGUACACCCGUACCAAGGAGACAAGAUGGCUUACUGUGAGAUAGCAAAUCGAAGAGUCAUGGAGGUGAUCAACUCUGCCAGGACACGACAAGAACUCCUUCACGCAAAGACUUUCCACAGCAGCCAGCAAGGCAGCUCCUUGUUAUCCCAGCAAGGCUCUCAAGCCUCUGGGGGUCUGAAACCAGAACCCGACACUUGGAUCUAUCCCUUAAUCCAAAUGAAACCUUUUGGGAUUCAAAUAGAUGAGAUGGUCACAGAGACGCUGCUGACAGAGGCUGAACGGGAUGCCAGGAUAUACCUUACCACUGGCUACUUCAACCUGACACAAGCUUACAUGGACCUCAUUCUGGGCACUAGGGCUGAGUAUCGGAUUCUUCUGGCCUCACCGGAGGUGAAUGGUUUUUUUGGUGCCAAAGGGGUGGCAGGUGCCAUCCCUGCUGCCUAUGUUUACAUUGAACACCAAUUUUACAGUGAGGUCUGCUACCUUCACCAACAGGAGAGGGUCCAGCUGCAGGAGUACUCUAGGGCUGGGUGGACUUUCCAUGCCAAAGGCCUCUGGCUGUACCUGGCAGGAAGCGAUCUUCCCUGCCUGACUCUGAUUGGCUCUCCUAAUUUCGGAUAUCGAUCAGUUCAUCGUGACUUGGAAGCUCAGGUUGCAAUAGUGACAGAAAAUAAAGCUUUGCAGCAGCAACUCCAUCAGGAACAGGAGCAGCUUUACCUCUGCUCAGGUGUAGUCUCAUCAUCAACAUUUGAGCAGCCAAAUCGUUAUGUGAAACUGUGGGUGAAGCUGGUAACACCUCUGAUCAAGAAUUUCUUUUGAAAGAAGAAAAGUUGCUGCUUUGGGUUAAAGGUCCAGACAUAGGUGGGACCUCGCAUCCGUGUCUUAUAGACAGGACAUUCAUAGACGUUCUUGGUGUCCGUGCGGUCCACAGGGAUGGCUCUGAUGAAGAUGACUGGCAUCAUGGGCGUCAACUCCUUCAGUCGAGCGUCUGCGAUCACACCAGAAGGGAUGUCCCAUCGAGCGCCUGCAAUAUUACGAAAUUGUCAGGGUGCCAGCUGCCCAGGGGCUUUUUCGCU